UACAUUCUUGCACAUACCCACCUCUUUCUUGCUGAUCCCCGCAUCUCCGAACACGAACACAACGCAUCCGCCAGCGCAACAGAGACCCACUCACAGCCAACCCGCGGACUCAGGCACAGACGUUCCGUGCGCCAUCCUGCACCACCUGCCGAAAGCUUGCAGUGAAUUGUUUGGCUGAAGAUCAGAGGGUCACGGACUCCAGGAUCACAGGUACUCCCACCUCACCACCCUGCAGGAGAUGGAGGAGUCUCCGCCGCCGCCAGUCCCGCCCAAAGAUGCUGCCUUCCAGCUGAACACCACCACCAUGAUGGACCUCACCGGACCUCCCACCGCGCCGGCUAGUGGCUCGAAACGCAGACGAGAUGCGGCAGACGAUGUCAAUUAUCACUACGGCUUCCGAAACGACCCUGCCGACGUCAGUGACAACGACCGCCCGACGCCAUCGAAACGCUCGCGUUCGCAAGUGCGAGCCAAUGACGGCUACGUAUCCGACACACCUUCGCAGAAAGCCGCCCAGCUGCGCCGUAAAAAGGGCAUCCGCAACCUCUCUAAUCUCAAUCUGCGCCAUGCUGCUUCUACUUCAGUCCUGCCGAGGAGACAAGACUCUCCGCCGCGCGAGUCGAGGUUUCAGGAAGGUAGCUUGACAGACAAACCCAGCCAGCAACCACCCUCCGUCUUCACGAAAAUGCCGCGAUCGGAAAGCGGCAACCUCUCCUACGUGGAUGAGCUCAUGGCCGAUUACCACGAUGGUAUGCCCACGCCUGCAAGAGAUGUCCAGGCGACGAUCGAGCACGAGAAGCAAAUAAUGCCAGAUCGAGUCGCCGAGAUUAAUUCGCGGGACGGGAAAGAGGAGGAAGGUGGAAUGUUCAAGUUUGGCAAGUCCUGGGGCUCGAGCUUCAAGCCCAUUGCGCUCUGGAAUCGCCUGUGGAAUGAUACGAAAGAGGACUUGACGCGAAAGAACAAAUUGGAGGCGGAGAGGAAGGCGAGGUUGAAAGCUGAGGCAGAAGCGAAGUAUGCGCAGAUGAAGAGUGCUGGACAAUUCGUGCCAACUCAGGCUACGCCGCGGGAUUCUGGCGUUGUUGUGGAUAAUCGCGAGUCCAUCGAUUCGUACAAGGGACAUUCGCGGGAGCAGCAAAGCAUUGGAGGAGCUUCUCAAUAUGGAAAUACCACGGAUACUACUUCUCAGGCAGGACAAUCUCGAGAGCAGAGCGAGCAGGCGACACAAACGCCACAAGUGCAGCAACCCCCACGAACGAUACGCGGUAGGCUGUCUCGUAUGCACUUGCGCAAGCCGUCGUUGGGCUCUCUCACUGGUACCGUCAAGCGAGCCAAGUCGGAUUGGAAUCUGGCCGCCUCGCAACGAGAGUCUUCUACUUCCGUGUCACCUACGAAACUCGAGUUCGAUGGAUCUGCUUCGAUCCUCCGAAGUAGUGCCUCCAAGUAUGACCUCAAGAAGCAAGAUCGCUUAUCGAAGCGUGUCAGCAACCUGGAGGAGAAGCUUUACAAAGCAAGGAUGGAGCUCGACAAUGCCCUAGCUGAAGCCUCGCCAGCUCCCAAGCUCAGCAGCAAAUUUGAGCGCUUCACUCCUGUCAGUAGUGUCAAGAGCAGUUACAAGAGGUCUCGAUUCGUUCCUGGAGCUUUGCCGACAUUGCCUAGUGAGCGAGUUCUCUUUCCAGAACUGCGUGGACCGGAGACCUAUGAGGAAACAGUGCCACGUGCAGAGGAGACCACCAGAACCCGCCCAGAGAUUGAUCUCAAUACGGCUUUCGAUGACGUGGAUGAAGAGGCGACAAUGCGACAGGUCAAGGCUUCGCCACGCCGUACCCACGCGAAGGAUAUUUUCAAGAAGCCGGAUGUCCCUGACAAGCCGAUCAGUCGACAGAGCAAUGAGAAGAAUCGGGAUCCUGCGCCGGCUGCAGCAAAGGACGAUGAGUCCGAUGCCGAAGGUGACCACGAGGACAAUGCGGCCGAGGUCGAUGGGAAUAAGACUUCCGGCAAUGGCACACUCAUGGUGAAGUUCAAGACGAAGAAGACCGGCAAGUCGAAGAAGCGUAGAUCGCUGGCCAACGACGACAAGGUCUUCCAGCCCGACAAAGUAACCAGCGACGAUGAUGCUGAGUGGGAUGAAGCUGCUCCGACCAGUACUAAGAAGAAGCGCAAGUCUGCCGGCAAGACCGAGAACAGUCCUGCGGGUAAGAACACGAGUAGCGCUCCAAAGCCAAAGUCACCCCAGAAUAAGACGACGAAGAGAACGACUACGAUGACACGAUCGAAGAAGAAAGCAGACCCGAAAACGCAGACUGUAGAAGUCGAACAAGAGAAGAUGCAGAUCACCGAGGACAUCGAAGUCGUCCCUAGUGAGGACGAGCUGGCACGUCCUCCAUCCUCCGGCGGCGAUGAUGCCAUUCUGGAACCUGUCUACGAAGAAGAGGAAGAGAGUACCAUGCCUUUGCAGGACGAGCCACCGAAUCCGACUGCGACAGCGACGCCUUCUAAGUACGGGCGUCACUCGCUUCGCUCUCGUUCGAACAGUCCCCUCAAACGCAAUACUUGCGCUUUGCCUCGUGCUGGUUUUGCAGCGAGCUCGCCAGGCAAGAAUGGAGUGGGUCAGCAUGUUCGUUCUGUGAGUGACGGGUCGGUCAAGUUGGCUGCGAAUGGUGCUGGGAAGAGGGGCAGUAAGGAUGAGGAUUUUGAGUGGCCGGAUGAUGUGUUCUGAGCGACCCAUGAGCUUGAUUUCUUGCUGAUUGUUCCAUCGCUGGUCACAGGACCUUGGACGAGCAUGCAUCGGGAACCCCUUUCGAUUAAUGUGUACUUGACUGUACAUUUUGCACAUAACAACGACGCAAACAGCGAGGCAGAGCCUUUCAUACGAUUGGAGAUUGAAGAAGGAACAGAGAGGAACCCGGAUUGAUAAUGAGAACGAGAGCGAGAAUCGCUGCGCACCGUACAGACUGAUUCAUUUGAGCGCGCAUCAUCGCAAACCAAGAUUCCUGGACUUUUCUGUACGAGAGAUUGAUCACGAAAGCAAGCGAGCAUAGCAUAUCAUAGCGUUUUUCUGAUUGAUUGAAACUUCGCACGAUUCAGCGAGCAUGAACGAAGCGAGGAAGGAAGCAUUGGGAGAGGGCGUUUGUUCUUUGUUCUGCUUGGUUUGGGGGGUGAGAAGAUGACACGCGCUGUGCAUGGUGAAGGGAGAGGUCGAUGAGAUGAAGUGGGGAGGUAGUGGUAGUAGAUAAUGUAUGAAUGAAUGAAGGAC